GACAAUGUCAGGAAAUGACUGAAUGGCAAACAGGCUGGGUCCCAGGAGCAGGAACAGAGGAACUAACAGCUCUGGAAAGCUAAGACAACACACUCAGCACCGCAACCGCACAAGUUAACUCUGGAAACUAGUGCUGUAAUCUGCACUAGAUAUUUGUUCCUCUCAAUAUUCCUUAUUUUUGGAUGUAACCAGGACAGCAAGGGACUGAAGUGAUUUAAAGAGAGGUCAUUGAGAUGUUUGGGGCAAUGUUUCCCCUAUGGCUACUGAUCUGCACUAUGGGUUGGGCAGCACAAUCAGGGCUAAGCCUCAAAGUCAACAGCAGUGACACAAAAUCAGACUGGAUCUGGAACCAGCUCGCUUCCUGGGAGGGCGCAAAAGAUCCCAGACAAAUCGGAAAGAUAGAAUCAGGAAGACACGUUUUGGGAAAAACACAAUACGUUCUACGUGGUGAGGGAGUAGGAACUAUUUUUAAAGUGAAUCCAGAUACUGGAAACAUUGGCGUGUUCAGAGAGUUGGACCGAGAGAAGAAGGGCCGUUAUAAAUUAGAAGGAUUUGUGAUUGACAUAAAGUCUAAGAAACAAGUGGGUCCUUCAACCAACUUCACUAUUAAUGUUCUGGACCUGAAUGACAAUGCACCCAUAUUUACAAAAGACCCAUUUAAUGGAACUGUUCCUGAGAUGUCUGGUACAGGAACUUCCAUUCUCACUGUGAGUGCUCAUGACCCAGAUGACCCAACUGUUGGCAAACAUACAGAAGUGACCUACAAGCUUCUAAACAAUGAGAACAAUUUCUCCAUUGAUCAGAUGACAGGAAUCAUACGUGUUGUGAACCCAAACCUGGACAGGGAGAGGAAGAAAGACUAUCGGGUCAUUGUCCAAGCCAAGGACAUGGGUCUUGAACAAGGAGGAAUGAGCUCAACUGCUACUGUAUAUAUCUCUCUGACUGACAUCAAUGACAACGCACCCUACUUCCCACACAGACAAUACAACUAUUCUGUUUUGGAGGAUGCCAUAGUUGGAAGUGCGGUAAAUCGAGUAAAAGCCAAGGACCUGGAUGAAGGAGAGAAUGCAAAAAUAUUGUACACAAUUGUCAGUCGCAACAGUAUGUUUGACAUUAAAACAGACCCACAUACACAAGAGGGAGUUAUAACAGUAAAGAAGAGCCUGGAUUUUGAGAAGCAGCGACAGCAUCAGAUUGAAGUGGAAGCAGAAAACCCCACAUUAGUGAAGGGGCUGAAGUACAAGACUAAGACAGUUGUUGUUAUUGAUGUGCUCGAUGUGGAUGAGCCUCCGGUAUUCAGCCGAGGUCACUACACCUUCACUGUCAGUGAGAACCAGCCCAUUGACACCUCGAUCGGGAGGGUUUCAGCUAAGGACCCAGACCGGGCCAAAAACGGCAUUUGGUACUCAUUAAUAGAUGGGAAAGAAUUUUUUAACAUCAGACAAGAUGAUGGAGUGAUUAAAACUGGUGUGGAGCUGGAUCGAGAAGAUAUUGCCUGGCACAACAUCACAGUGGCAGCCCAUGAAGUUGGUAAAAACAAUUCCACGUCCUAUACUCAAGUGACAAUUAAAGUGUUGGAUAAAAAUGAUAAUGCUCCAACUUUGGCUGAAAACUACAAUCCCCAUGUCUGUGAAGAUGAUGCAGUUGGAACGGUUAUCCAAAUGAUCUCUGCUGUUGAUCUCGAUGAAAUUACUCCAGCUGUCAGAUUUCAUUUCAGGAUAGCGGAGAAGGACAGCAACUUCUCAGUCAAGGACAAUGGCAAUAACACUGCCAACAUCACUGUCAAACAGGCAGGCUUCGAUCAGAACGAGGCCAGCAAGCUCUCAUUGCUGAUAAACAUCUCCGACAACGGGAAUCCAUCCCUGAGGAGCACUGAGAAACUGGAGAUCAAUGUGUGCACCUGUGACAGAGACAGGAAGCCAAUAAACUGCCGGCACUUUGCUCCGCUCACCUCAGGAGUCACCGUCACCGUCCUGCUGAUUGUCUUCCUCUGCAUCAUCGUUGCUAUUGUGUUGGCAGUGCUGAUUGUCCACCACAAGAUACGGAAGAAGAAUGCCUUUGUGGGGUUGGUGAAGCCUCCGGGUGAAAUCCGGGAGCAGUUGGUGAGGUAUGACGAAGAAGGGGGUGGGGAAAUGGACACUAACUCCUUUGACAUCACGGUGCUGAACUCUCUCCGCGCAAACGGCCCACGGCCAGCUAAGGCCGUGAACUGCAGCCCUGUUUACGCCCCAGUCAGAAAGCCCAACAACGACAUGGGCUCAGUGGUCAAGAUGAAGAAGGAUGAAGCAGACGGUGACAGAGAUGGCCUGCCCUACGACACCCUCCAUGUCUACGGUUACGAGGGUGCUGACUCAGUCGCUGACUCACUGAGCUCCCUUGACAUCUCCUCCAUCGACUCCGAACAGGAUUACGAUUUCCUCACUGACUGGGGACCCCGGUUUCAAAUGUUGGCUGAACUUUAUGGAUCAGAUCCAGACAGGGCGGUAGGAGAUUAUUGAAGGGAGAGACGGAGAUGUGAUUCGUGUUUUUAUUUGGGUAAGAAGGUUUACCAAGUGGGGUGAGGAAAGGAAGGUAAAAAAUGAAAGUGGAUCAUUAGUUUGUAUAUCACAAGAGUAUCAGAACAAGAGGAGGUCAUUUUGCCCUUGUUGCAUGUUCUACAAUUCAGCUAGAUCAUGUACAUUUUUUUAAAUUAACCUGUUAAGACCAUAAGGUGUGGGAGCAGAACCAGGCCAUUCAGCCCAUCGAGUCUCCUCUGCCAUUCAAUGAGGUCAUAAAUGAUCUGAUAAUCCUCAGUUCCACUUUCCUAC